UGCGCACCAGAAGGCCUUCUGGUGCUGCUGGCCGAUCAAUCUGAACUCUCGGGCGGUCGAUCAAUAUUUUACGAACGCGAGCGUGUGUGGGAUCGAUUCUUUAUUGCGUACAGUGGCGGUGCUUUUCGUAACGGAUUUUUGCUCAGUAAAAAGCAACAUUCUUACGCAUUUAACUGCAGGUGCAGUGCAGUAGAAAAAAAAGUGAACAAAUAAAAAGCAACGGAAAAUUCGCCGUAAGAUCCAGUUGCCCAGAAUUGAAUUCAGAAGUGCAAUGUGGGAAAGGUCACUGAAUGGAGAGUGAAUCGAAUCGAUCGAACAACGGCACAAAUUGGGAUUAAGACUGGAGUGAUUGGAAUAUUAAAAUUCGUAAAAAAACGGAAAAUGCGCAGUAAAAUGAAACUGCUACUACUACUUAAGUUAGUGAGUGUUAUUGGACUGACAGCAACGACGGUACGGGCAGAACGCUGCACGGAACACACUCGUCCUCACGCGACCCGCUGUGAUCAGUACUUUCGCUGUGUGCUGCUACCCUCGGCGACACCCGUCUGGGUGCCCCGGCAGUGCGAAAAAGGUUUAAUCUACGAUCCACAAAUUAAAAACUGUGUUGUACCUGGUGAGGACUGGGAGUGCAACCUGUCGGCCGAGGUUGGAGACGAAAGUGGUGAAAACGUGUACGGCAUCAACAAUCUGCCGGCAGCUAUGUAUACCGGGCCACCCGUUCUACCGACAACGGUGCCACCGACACCGGAAAAGGUUUCCGAAGGUGGACCGACCAAGGGUUCGAAUCAUCCCGCCGCCAGCGGUGAAAAAGAAGGUUACUAUAUUAUAUUGGAUCGCGAUGGAAACAAUCGGACGACUAUCUACCGGACAUCGGAACCGUAUAGGGAUGACGAUGGGGAGGAGGAAUUUAGCGGGGACGGACAGAUGGUAGAGAUGGAACUGACGACAGUUAAAAGUACGCCUAUCGCCAACAGAAAACAUUCACUGCCGACUUCCGACGAAAGCAGCGAACCAUCGGCGAACUUGUUGAACUCCUUUUUAGCGGAGUAUACGUACAAGACUAGCAGUGACGCACCGGUGAAAGCAAAGCGGAAACAUCCACUGCCAUCAGACGGUAAGAUUCAUCCCGAGCAUCUAAUGAGUAUUAUAGCGCAGCAAAAGAAACUGAACAAAUAUGCUACUCAAAUCAAACAGGAGGGAGAUCCUACCGGAGGAUUCGGAGACAAAUCGCCCUUUGCCGAUCAACCGGUGUUUACCAGUCGCCCUGAUGGGUCGGUCUUAUUCAAUGUGCCACAGCGAGUACCGGAGGAGACCCACGCGAAGGCUCCUCUGAUGUCAGAAGACGUGAUACGUAGUAUAAUAGAGAUUUCAAAGCAAAUGAUGACUAGCCAUAAGCCUCAGAUGGAAGAGAUGUACGUGAAACCGAUUUUCAUUCCGGUUACUGUAAGUGCACCAACGCCAGACUAUACUAGACUACCAGACAAACUUAGCACCAAUACUGUAAUGUACCAACAACUGUUUCCAUCGCUUUCCAACAGUACCACUCAGUUCAGUUCCAAACCGAUUGGUAUCACUAUAACGAACCCUUAUACCCUAGGUCAAGCUACGAUCUACGACAAUCUACGCGAUCAGGUAAUAAACGACUCAAAGUAUUACAACUACCAGGCGACCCUAAUGGAUGCUUACGGCAAUCAAUACCAAACGCAGCAACCAUUGCCUAACAUUCAAAUGUACGCAUACCCACCAACAAUGACGUAUCCUAUGCCCAACUACCAGCCUAGCUAUCAGUAUCCCGGCAACGCCUUCUACAACCAAGCGGAGCUCAACAAUCGACUACGAAACUCUCUUGGCUACGAGGGAGAAGACUCAAUGUCUAACGAAGUUGCCCUCUCUGAUGAGGAAGAAGCUGACAACUCGGCCGAACUCCCCGAAACUGUGGCCACCGUUAACGAUAACUCAAACGAAAAGAACGAGGAAUCGGAUGAGCAGGCCGAAAUGAAGAAGCUAAUUUCUGUUGGUGGUGUCACGCUGAACUACAACGACUACAAAGACAGCAUUCUUCCCUUGCUAGACGCAAAUCCGGACGAAGUACGCAUUUCCGUGCUCACCUGUACGCUCGGAUCCAGACAGCCAAACAAGACCGACUGUACCAAGUACUACGUAUGCAAUCCACACAACGGAGCAUUCCAAUCGUUUACAUGUCCCUCGUUCACGGCGUUCAACGCUGAAACUCGCAUCUGUGACACCAUCACCUACAAGUCCUGCCAAGCAAUUCGGCUAGCGGGCUCAGCAACUCAACAAUCCAGCAGUUCGAACCGCAUAACAACAUCAAGCAAGCACAAGCACCAACCGACCACCGAAGCGAGCCUUAAGCUUAAGCAAGAGCUCAUGACCGCUCAAAAGUACGUCGACCUCAUCAAAAAAGAAGCCAUCAAAAUCCUCAGCCGCAACAAGGUGACAACCGAAUCUGGACCCGACAGUAACGAGGUUCCACAAGGUAUCAUUACCAAUCCGACCAAGAGUAGCAGCAUUGGCUUCACAAACCCGAACACCCUGCUGAUCACCAACCCUACCAUGAGCAGCUUCAUGCCGUCGAUCACCGCUCCGUACAUUCCGCCGACGAUGAUGGUAACGACAACUACGGCCAACAACAAGCGAAGACGUACCAAGCCGAAACGUAAACCAACGAGCUACAAGAAACGAACGAAGGGGACCGGCAAAACGACAUCCGGUAGAACAACCGCAAGUACGACGACAACGACCACUACGCCGAAACCGGUGCCAAAGGCACCCAAGUGUAAGCGGAACGGCAAGAUGCCGGAUCCGGCCGAACGACGCAACUACUAUGUCUGCUACAAGGCCAGUCCAAAGAAGUUCAUCAAGACGCGGAUGGCCUGCCCGGGUAAACUGUUCUACUGUCCAAGUACCGAGUACUGUACCUAUGAAAAGGAAUGCAAGAAUAACUGAGAGAUUUGAGUAAGAGAGAGAUAUAGAGUGAAAGUCAAGAAUGAGUGAGUUUUUGGUUUUGCGUAAGGCUGUAUAAAAGACUAUCGAAUUAAUUUAUGCUUUUUAUCUAUUUAUUUCUAUUUAUUAAAAACAUUGAGCGUUUGCAUUUUCAAGCUGUAAUGAGAAAUCCAAGACAGCAAUGAUAUUGGUUUUACUUUGUGAAUGUUGCUGAGUUAUGAAGAGAUUUUUUUUUCAUUCUGUCGAAACAAUACAAAACAAUAUUGCUAAAGAGUAAAGAGAAA